CCCCCGCCCCAGUCCAAGCAGGUAUAAUGCCACUUCCCCAGGCCAUAGAGACCCAGGACGACCAGAGAAGAGCCACCAUGUCCCCCUGGAGUGGGCAGCAAAUGCAGAGAACCCUGUUCCUASUACUGCUGUUGGUGGCCCUGGCCCAGGGCGUCACACAGAGCCCCAAAGCAUGCGUGACCUUGCCGUCCCCUGGGGGCAGCACCGUCUCCUGCUUCUCGCCUGCCCGGUUCCCCGCGCACCUCCCGGCUGACACGGUCCACCUYGUGGUGGAGUUCUCCACGCUGACCCAGCUGCCGGCCAGCGCCCUGCGCGGCGCCGCGGGCCUCCGGGAGUUACACCUGGCCAGCAACCGGCUGCAGGAGCUGCCCGMCACGCUGCUGCUUCCUGUGCGGCGGCUGGAGGUGCUGGACCUCACCCACAACAACCUCACCCAGCUGCCCGCCGGCCUCUUCCGGGCCUCUGCCGCGCUCCGCGUCCUGGUGCUGAAGGCCAACCGGCUGGAGGCCCUGCAGGCCUCGUGGCUCCUCGGCCUGAAAGCCCUGGAGCACCUGGACCUGUCCUCCAACAGCCUCCAGACGCUGCCCCCAGGGCUGCUGGCCAGUCUCGGGGCCCUGCGCACCCUUGACCUGGGGGACAACCAGCUGGAGACCUUGCCACCUGACCUCCUGAGGGGCCCGCGGUGCUUGGAGCGGCUGCACCUGGAGGAGAACCGGCUGCAGGUCCUUGGAGAGCGUCUGCUGGCAAAGCAGCCGGCCCUGCGCUACCUCUUCCUCGGUGACAACAGGCUGACCAYGGUGGCUGCCGGCGCCUUCCACAACCUGAAGGAGCUGGACAUGUUGGACCUCUCCAACAACCUGUUGUCCAGCGUGCCCAGAGGGCUCUGGGAAUCCCUGGGAAUGCCCUCCAGGGACAUGGGGGACGGCUUUGACAUCUCGGGCAACCCCUGGGUCUGCGACCAAAACCUGGAUGACCUCUGUCGCUGGCUUGUGGCCAACAAGCACAGGAUGUUCUCCCAGAAUGACACGCGCUGUGCUGGGCCUGACGCCCUGAGGGGCCGGAUGCUGCUGGAGGUGUCGGGGUCCCCGUGAGGCCUGGGGCCGGGGUGGGUGGCCGAGACCCCAGGGUUCCCACUGGUGCCCGCGCCCAGGGCCCAGUUGGCAGCCUCCUGACCUGCGCCCACACCCGCCCUCCCCGGAUGCCGAUGCUCCAUUUCCCACAUCCCUUGGUCCCCAGGUUCCCACAAGCCCCUGGUUCCUCCUCGGGCGGUGUCCUGGCCACAUCUGGCYUCUCUGAGUGCUGGCCUGACCCGGCACCGCCCCAGGGACUUCAUAAACACCUGCUGGCCYGCAUCAGAUGAAUCUUGUGUUUCUGCACCCUUGAUGCCCAGGAUGGAGGAAGAGCCCAUGGCCWUGGGGAUCAGAUAGCCCCGUGGCUUCUACUCUCCCUCCCUAUCUGGGGCCCUGACUGGCCAUAAAUCCCGACAGUCGCUGGGUGUCGUCUUACAGGUGGAUUCCUGCCAGAGCCUGUGUCCCAGAUUGCUGAGGUCUCCAAUGCCUCAUGCCGGCAUGGGAUCUUUUGAGGGGACGCCUGCCCGGGGCCAGCUCAACAGGGCACUGAAGGCACUGGAGGGGCCGGUYGGAGGGGCAUGUUCUCAGGGCUCAGAGACUGGGCCCCCGCCGGUGCAGAGUUGGGCAUGUGGGGGCUGGGGUCAGAUUUGGGGGAUCCUGAAGUGUGGGGCCCAGGCUUUACAGUCCCCUUGGAAGGCUAUGUCCCCCGUGAAAAGCAGGGACCUGAAGUCUAACAGCUGGUUUCAAUCAGAUUCUUCAGUCCUAGGACACGGGGCAAGUGGUCUAGGCUUUGAGCCUCGGUCUGCUCUUUGGAAAUAUGUGGACCCCAGGGACGGGCUGCUGGCUCCCAGCUGAGUUAAAUGGCAAAUUUAAUCAGGAGCAGAGCCCCCUGGURCACACCUGUGAUCCCAGCUUCCGAGGCAGAGGCAGGAAGAUCACAAAUUUGAGGCCAGCCUC